AUGGACUGUUGUUCGGAACGACUCAACCCCUUCAACAUCCACAUCGGGGACUCCGACCAGGUCAGCGAGAACCCCAGGUGUGGAGGUGAUCAUCAGAUCCUCGUGACGAAGCCGACCGUUUCCAUCCCGUGUCGGUGGAUGGCAGGACGGUAUGUGGGCGUUCAUCUGACUGGCCCCUCUCGAAUCCUGACGCUGUGCGAAGUCCAGGUUAUUACAGUUGGAGAGUGUUCCAAUGGCUACUGGCACCUCCCACACACACGCCGAUGUUACCGUGCCUACGACACGGAGAGUGAGUACGACCAGGCUUUGGCGACCUGCCGAGAAGAAGGGAGCACUCUGGCCAUGCCUGGUGACAGCGCCACCAACGACUUCCUGGUCGCUUUAAAGAACGCCGCGGACACGACCAAGGUUUUCUACUUCGGGAUGACCCGUUCAGAUGACGGAACGUGGACAUACGCACGCGGUUCCCAGCCGAUGGAAUGGGAAAACUGGGCCGAUGGACAACCGAGCGGAGGAAAGGAGCGAUGUGCGGUGUACUUCCCCGACAACUCGGGCGACCUCUCCUUCAACAACAGAAAUAAGUGGAACGACGUGGGCUGUAAGAUAGACGCUGGUUUCAUCUGUGAAUUUGAACCCUGCCAGGUGGGGAAUGGGGCAUCCUACCGAGGAACCGUCUCUGUGACCAGGACAGGCAAGACGUGUCAACGCUGGGACAGGCUGUUUCCACAUGUACACGACAAGACACCGCAUAACUACCCGUCAUCCGGACUGGAGGAGAACUACUGCCGGAAUCCGGAUGGUGAACACGGAGUCUGGUGCUUCACCACGAAUCCGUCAGUGCGAUGGGAGCUUUGCGAAGUGCCAGUCUGUGGUGAGGCGUUCAAGUUAUUUAGCACUAGCAGCUUCGCCGAGAAGGUUACUAGUGAGUGUUAG